AUGGCUUCUUCAUCCGUGGAUCAACAACAUUUCCAAUCCCAAUCCAAGCCCACCGACCCACCUCCCCCGCUUCCUCCCUCCGCCGGAAACAACCCUCCUCCCAUCUACCCCCCACCCACCACCCUGGGGUAUCCUCCUCACGCCCAUGGCUACCCUCCAGCCAUGGGGUAUCCUCCAGCGCCACAUCCAGGGUACCCUCCGGCCCCAGGGAAUUACCCCCCUUACAACGCCUACGCCUACACCCAGGCCCCUCCCGCCGCUUAUUACAAUAGCAACAACAACAACAACAAUCCCCAAUACUACCGACAGGAGACGGCAGGCGCUGGAUUCCUCCGCGGCAUUUUUGCGGCGUUGCUCCUUUUGGUGAUUAUAAUGACCAUGUCCAGCAUUAUCACCUGGAUCAUCCUCCGCCCCGAAAUCCCAAAUUUCAAAGUGGAUUCCUUCUCCCUCACCAAUUUCAACAUCUCCAAAUCCAAUUACUCCGGGAUCUGGGACCUCAAAGUAACGGUCCAAAAUCCCAACCACAAACUCAACCUGCAUUUCGAGCGGAUCCGGAGUUUCGUGGACUACAAUGAGAACACGGUGGCAACCUCCUUCUCCGACCCUUUCUUUCUGGACAUGGAGAAAAGCAGGCAAAUGCUGGUUAAAAUGACCUCCAGUAGCCCGGAUGACCCCGGAAAUUGGGCCCAAACGGAGGAGAAGCUCGAGCGGGAGAGAGCCACUGGAACGGUUAGUUUCACCUUGAGAUUACUCGCGUGGACAACUUUCCGUUCUGGUUCCGGGUCUGGGUGGACCAGGCGCGUUAUUCUCAGAGUGUUCUGUGAGGAUUUGAAGCUGGUCUUCACCGGACACACCACCGAUGGCGUGUACUCCCCCGGCGCCCACUCGAAGACUUGUAAGGUUCUCGUCUAG